UGGGCCACGGUGGCUUUCAAUCGAGAUUCUCGUGGGUUUUUAGACCCAAUUUUGCCUUAAUCCGAAACCAAAAACUACUGAAAAUGGUUUCCAAAGUUGUUGUUUGUGGCAUUUUCUUGCUCUUGAACGUGCUUUCAUCCUCAGGACACUUGCUGGAAGGCAUUUACUGCGGCAAAGAGAACUGCUAUGACGUGCUCGGCGUAAAACGUGAAGCCACAAAGACAGAAAUCUCAAAGGCGUAUCGUGCCCUUGCCCGUAAAUUUCAUCCCGAUCUCCACAAAGAAGCCGACAAAAAGGAAGCCGAAGAGAAAUUCAAAGAAGUCGCCACUGCUUAUGAAAUUCUCCGCGAUGACGAAGCCCGCACCGACUACGAUUACAUGUUAGACAACCCCGAACAGUACUACCGGCAUUAUUAUCGUUACUACCGAAGACGCGUUGCGCCCAAAGUCGAUGUGCGACUCGUAAUUAUCGUCACGAUCAGCGUCAUUUCGCUCAUUCAGUACUACUCGGGAUGGCAGCGCUACGAAACGGCGAUCAAAUAUUUCGUCACAGUGCCCAAAUAUCGCAACAAGGCACUCGAAAUGAUCCAACAAGACGCUGUGAAGCAACCAAAACGCACCGGCAAGAAUCGCCAAAGCAAAACGGAGCAAAAAGAGGAACAAGAAUUGCUCAUACGAAAAGUCAUCGAGGAGAAAAUGGACAUCAAAGGUGCUUAUGCCAAGCCCGAAAUCACGGAUAUUUUGUGGAUUCAGCUGCUAAUCAGUCCGUAUACAAUUGCCAAAUAUUUUGCGUGGUACGCUCGAUGGUUGUGGAAGUUCACGAUCAUGCGACAAGAGUACGGCGACGAGGAAAAAUUGUAUUUGAUACGGAAAAACUUGGGAAUGGGGCAACAUCAAUUCGACGGAAUUGAAGAGGAGAAAAUUCGGGAAUAUCUUGAACUUGAAUUGUGGAUAAAAGAAAAUUUCAAAGAAUGGAAAGCGGAACAGGAGGAAGAAAUGAAGAAACAAAUGGCAGACAAUCCGAGGUAUAAAGCUUAUCGGAGGUACAUGAAGAACCACGGACCGGGUAGAAUGACCUUCGAAGAUUAGUUGUUGAUUUUAAUUAAUUAAAUUCUUAAAUAUUUAACGUUUUAACUUAAUUUAUUGCAUUUCUUGACACACUCACAAAUGGUUUCCCCUUAAAACUCCCUUUCUUAGGAAAUAAUAGACUUUUGUUAAUGAAACAUUUUAAAUAAUAAGAAAAGAAAU